CUUAUCUUUAUUUGUUCGUCUAUUUCCUCUCGUUUUCCUCCUUCCUCCAUCAUAUUUUGUUCAUAUCAACACAAUUCUAAUAUCUAAGUUUUCAUUUCAAUUUCUAGCCUUUUGAUUAGAAAAACUACAACCGUCAUCAUUUGAACAUUCCACCACAGGCAGCAGCCUCACUAUCUGUUUGGCUUCCCUUCAUGUUUCCGGUUAGAUAUUUGGUUUAUGGGCUCAGUACUUCAUGCAUCACUCUACUCUAUGCACUUCGUCUCUCAUUCCAUUCUACAAUAAUAUGUCAAUUGGAGAAUUCAACUGACUCAUUUCUUUUCGAUGAAGAUCUCAAGCAGUUUACGUUCCAGUCUGUUGGAUUCGGGUUGGCUGUCGGACUUAUUCCACUACACUUUCUGAAUUUUUUGGGUACAAGAAAUGUGACCAUUCUGUAUGGAAUCGUUGGAAUUAUCGCUGCUUUAUUCUACCCAACAGCUUAUCAUCUUGGAUUUUAUCCGUCUUUCAUCACUAGAUUUUUUCAAGGAGCACCACUUGGAAUUCUCCUUUGGCUCAUUGCAAAAGUUGCAACAGAAUGGACACCAAAAUCUGAGACAGCUAUUGCAAUUGCAAUUUUGACGUCGGUGUAUCAAUUGGCUCCGUUUGUAGCACAGAUCACUGCAGCUGAGAUGUGUCAGUAUUUUGGAUGGGAGUACACGUAUUACUUCUUGGCAGUUCUUUGUCUCAUUUCACAUGUUGCAUUUUAUUAUGUGUAUUCGGAUAAGGUUGAUGAUAACAGGCUUGCAACACCGGAAGAAAAAGCUUUUAUCACUGAAGGGAAAGGCAAAACUACAGCCCAAGGGACUCCAGAUGUUCCUUAUAGACAACUCCUUCUUGACACAACUGUUUGGGCCACAUGGUUUGCUAAUCUUGCAUUCUUCUCAUCCCUUUUAGUUUUUCUGCAAUAUGGACCACUGUACAUGAACAAGGUUCUCGGAUUUUCUGUUCGAGUGACCGGGUAUUCCGGUGGUUUGGCUCACGUGUUUUGUUUGGUUGCUAAAGUAAUAUUUGGGAAAAUUAUGGACAAUAGCAAAAUGGAUAUGACAAAACGAUUGAAAGCAGCAUGGACUUUUAUAGAGAUCCCAUCUCUUGCGCUUUUAUUGAUUUUAAUUUUUAUUCAUGAUGCUUACAUUCAAAUGAUUUGCAUUGUCAUCUUCAUCACAAUCCAUGGAGUUGCCAUUAUUAUUAUUGUGAAAACUCAAACUUAUAGAUCAGCGGAGCACAACCACGUGCUUGCAAAUGGAAAUACGCUUUGUGUCGUUUUCAGUACAUCCCUUCAGCCUCUACUCAUCAAAUUUUUGGUUCAAUCGAACACGUUUGAAGAAUGGUCCCGAGUGUUUGGUCUACAUGCUAUCAUAAUUCUUAUCUCUGUGAUCCUCUUUGUCUGUAACAUAGAUGCCACCGCCGCCAAAUGGACAGGAAUACGAAAAAUUCAAAAUGAAGAACCAUAAUGGUCACUUUCUACUUUGGUAUUGAAUAUAUCAUCGGGUUAUCAUAUUAUCGUGUCUCACAACCACCUGCCAAUCUAUAUAAAUUUCACUUUUUGGUUUUUUUUUUGGUGACAAACUACAAUCAUUUCUUAUAAAGAUAUUAAAAAAUAAUU